CUUUAGCAUGCACAGUGUGGACAGGGAGAUAGACAGAGACAGACACAGAGAAAUAGACACCAGAGACACACACAUAGACACAGUGAAACACAGAGAGACACAGAGACACACACAGAGACACAGUGAAACACAGAGAGACACACACAGAGACACAGUGAAACACAGAUACAGACACACAGAGACACAUAGACACCAGAGACACACACAGAGACACAGUGAAACACAGAGAGACACAGAGACACACACAGAGACACAGUGAAACACAGAGAGACACACACAGAGACACAGUGAAACACAGAUACAGACACACAGAGACACAUAGACACCAGAGACACACACAGAGACACAGUGAAACACAGAGAGACACACAGAGACACACACAGAGACACAGUGUAACAGAGAGACACACAGAGAGACACAGUGAAACACAGAGAGACACACACAGAGACACAGUGAAACACAGAGAGACACACACAGAGACACAGUGAAACACAGAUACAGACACACAGAGAGACACAGAGACACAGUGAAACACAGAGAGACACACAGAGAGACACAGUGAAACACAGAUACAGACACACAGAGAGACACACAGAGACACAGUGAAACACAGAGACACACACAUAGACACAGUGAAACACAGAUACAGACACACAGAGACAUAGACACCAGAGACACACAGAGACACAGUGAAACACAGAGAUACACACAGAGACACACACAGAGACAGUGAAACACAAACACAGAUAAAGACACAUAGACACCAGAGACACACAGAGGCACAUACAGAGACACAGUGAAACACAGAGACAUACAGAGACACAGUGAAACACAGAGAGACACACAGAGACACACACAUAGACACAGUGAAACACAUAUACAGACACAUAGACACCAGAGACACAGAUACAGUGAAACACAGAGAGACACACAGAUACACAUAAACACCAGAGACACACAGAAACACAGUGAAACACAGAUACAGACACAGAGACAGACACACAAAGAGACACACAGAGACACAGUGAAACACAGAUAAACACAGAGAGACAGAGACAGACACAGAGAGAGACACAAAGAGACACCAGACACAGAGAGACACAGUGAAACAGAGACAGACACAGAGAGAGACACAGACGCGUGGCUGGAGACGCAGAGAGAGACAGAGACUGCCAUAGAGACCCAGACGUCGUCUUCUUGAUCCUUGUUAAACUUUCAAAGCUUUCACCUGAAUGGUCUUUACUGGCGGGAAAUUGAGUUUUCAGGUCCAUAAGGUGCACAGCGGGCAACACAAAUCAACAUGAGUGUGUGCAUCCACAUAUCAAGCAAGCAGGCAGCAUCAGCAGAUGAACGUUGAGAUUGUAUAAGGGGCACGAGGUGACCAACACGGUCUGAAUUGGUCUGUAAUCAGGACACUUAGGAAGAAGGCCUGGCGGAGUUUGUGAGGAUGCAGUUGAGCCAGGAGGAGACCAAUGGCCCUAUCAGCUCACAGGGACAUAACUCGCCAGAAGAGAGCAGCACCCACAGUCGGAUCAUCAACUGCAUCAGGACGGGCGGCGUGCUGGAGCUACAGAAGCUGUCGCGUUUCCGCUCCGCAUUCGACGAGGCCGACGACCGAGGGUGGUUCCCACUGCACGAGGCGUCCGUGCAGCCGCUCGAGCAGAUCCUGGAGGUCACGCUCGACGCGUCGUACCCCAGCGUGCGGGAGCAGUGCACGCACGCUGGUGAGACGGCGCUGAUGCUGGCGGUGCUGGCGGGGCGAGCGGGGAACGUCCGCGCCCUGCUGGAGCGCGGGGUGCAGCCGGACGGGCACGACGACCGCGGGGACAGCGCGCUGCUCGCUGCGGUGCGCGCGGGCUCGCACCAGCUGGCCUCGCUGCUGCUCCGGCACGGCGCGGACCCGAACCUCGCGUGCGCCAAGCGGUGGACGGCCGUGCACGAAGCCGCCCGCGGGGGCCGCUCGCACAUCCUGGCCCUGCUGCUGCACCACCGCGGCGACCCCAACCGGCGGGACGCGUUCGCCGUGACGCCGCUGGCCGUCGCGGCGCUGCACGGCAGGGUCGAGGCGCUGGAGCAGCUCAUCCACAAAGGCGGGGACGUCGGCGCGCGUGCCUGUGACGGCGAGUCGGCGCUGUUCGAAGCGGCGCGUGGCGGCAGCGCGGACUGCGUGGCGCUGCUGCUGCGGCACGGAGCGGACGCCAACGCCCCCAGCAUGGAGGGACGCCUGCCCAUCCACAGCGCGGCGCGGCACGGCCACUACCUGGCGCUGCAGCAGCUGGCCGAGGCGACGUCGCCGCAAGCGAUCGCGGCCAGCGGCGUGAGCCCGGUGCACGUGGCCGCGGACGGCGGCCACGCCGAGUGCCUGCGGCUGCUGCUCGAGGGCGGCCGCUGCGACGUGAACGCCGCGCUGGCGACCCACGCCGCUCGCGAGCACGGGGACGGCCGCCGCUCGGCCCUCUUCUUCGCCGUCGCCAACGGAGACGUCGUCUGCGCGCGGCUGCUGCUGCAGGCGGGCGCGCUGCCUAACCAGGACCCUCUGAACGCGCUGGUGGUCGCGGUGCAGAGCGGCGACCGUGACCUCGCGCGCCUGCUGCUGCGCCACGGGGCUGACGUCAACUUCCGCUCGACGCUCAACUCGACGCGCUUCCCCAGCGCCCUGCAGUACGCCCUGAAGGACGAGGCGACGCUGCGGCUGCUGAUGAACUACGGCUGCGACGUGCGCUCGUGCUUCGAGUGCUCGCACGGCGACGACGACGACCCCACGAGGAUGGUGCUCACCUCGUCCGUCAUCGAGGACGUGCCCUUCUGCGAGGUCAUCACGCUGCGAUGGCUGUGGCGCUGGGCGGGCCCAGUGGUGCUCGCCAUGAUGGACUACGUGGACCAUGUGCGUGUCUGCCCCAAGCUGCGUCUCGUGCUGCGGCAAAACGAGCAGUGGCCGGAGAUCGACUACAUCAUGAGUAAUGCGCGCCCUCUGAAGCACCUUUGCCGACUGGCGCUGCGGGCGUGCAUAGGCACACGGCGACUCCAAGAUGGCGACUGCCUCGCAACGCUACCGCUACCGCGUGCACUCCGCACGUUCCUCCUGCACGAGGGGCACACGUGAUCACCCUGGGCACCAAGGCCGUAAUUAUAAUCAUAUUGGGGGGGGGGGGACACACACACACAUGCCCUCACCCCCCCCAAUAUUCAGAUAUGCUCAAAAUGCCCCCCCUCAAUAUAUUGCUAUAAAAAAUGCUAU